AUGUUCCCCUGCUCCCUGGUUCCCUCUUCACCCAGUGGAUCCGGAACCAACAGGAAGAGGAAGACCCUCUUCACGCAUCCCAGGCACAGGCACAAGGCCCCCAUCAGCUGGCAGGGACUCCCGGACUUUGUGAGGUCCUGGGCAGAGCAAGAAGAGCGGGCAAGUGGACGAAUGAAGGCCUUUGCUGGCAUUGCUCUCGCUGCCCCGGCGCGCGUACCUGGCGUGAUGGGUGCGCUGCCGUGGGACCCAUCACGAUUGUCACCAUCGACUGGUAGGUUUGGACCAGGGGAGAUGGAGGAGGACAAGUUAUGCCAGCACCGCCCUCGUCCCUGGGCGGCGGCAACGAUGGAUAAGGACAUGGGGAGCGUUGCCAGCGUGGACCAGCAUGAGCUCAUAAGUUUCCUUGACGACACGGAUACGGACGCGGACGAGUUUAUCCUUUGCUCGUCUAAUAACUCGUCUCCUUCUUCUCACAACCAGCAGCAACAGCAACAGAGCCAGCAACAGCAUAAACAGUCCCCUUCGUCAUCGUCAUAUCAUAACCUCUACUUGCGGCCCGACUCGUCGAGGAGCCACCAGCACUUUCACUUUCCCCGGACGAGCUCCGAGUCGGGUUCCCGCUCUGGCACUGGCUCUACCGCGACCGCGACCGCCAACUCGACGACGUCGACACUGAGGAGCGGCAAAAGUCACGAGAAGAGCAACAGCAGCGGCAGCAAGAAGACCACGGCGACGACGGUGUCUGCCGCAAACUCGGCGACGAUGGCUGUGAAGCCGGCAAAGGUCAAUACCACCGGAUCAGCAACAAUUACUGUGCCGCCUCCGCCGGUGUCGCCUUCAUCGUCAGGGCCCUUUGGGGCGCAGAUGACGAAGCAAGAAUUCGAGGCGUUGCCGGAAGCUAUUCAGCGAAAGCUGGCUGGAAAGGUCCAGACCGACCCUGGACAGAGCUAUUCGUCUCCUCCAAUGAGUCUCCGACCCAAGUCCAGGGUACCUUCACCUCGCCAACCACAGCCGCCCGAGUUCCGCCGUAUAGCUGCAGCGGGGACUCGCGGCUGGGGGGCCGUUCAGGUACCCAUCGAUGCAGGUUGGCUCGCCGAGUCGUUGCCCAACUGCAGCAUCGGCGCCGCGGAGAGGAUACACUUACAGCGAGUGAGACUGAAGAUGAGCGAAUUGGGGGCGCAGGCCACGAUGUAG